AAAAAAAAAAAAACAACAACAGACAGAAGAAAAAAAAAAGUAUUUGACAUGGAGAGGAGGUCGGAGAUUCAGAGGGUGGAGGAGGAUGAUACGGCGGCGAAUUGCCUGAUGCUGUUAUCCAGGGUCGGCCAAAACGACGUCGUAGAGAGAAGAGUGUUCACGUGCAGGACGUGCAUGAAGGAGUUCACGUCGUUUCAGGCGUUGGGCGGUCACCGAGCGAGCCACAAGAAGCCUAUCCCCCACCACCACGACACCAAGUCCAAGCCCAAAACGGCGUCAUCUCAUUCUUGCCCUAUCUGCGGCCUGGAGUUCCCCAUGGGACAGGCUCUCGGUGGCCACAUGAGGAGGCACCGUCACAACAACGGCGGCGGCGCGUUGAUCACACGCGCUCUCUUGCCGGAGACGAUGGUGAUGUUGAAGAGAUCUACCAGUGGUGGCAAGAGGGUUUCGUGUUUGGAUUUCAACUCUGCCAUGGCGGCGGCGGCGGCGGAGAAUUUGAAUCUCAAGCUGGAGCUUGGAAGAACUGUUUAUUGAUUCAUUUUUUUUUUAAUUUUUAAUGUUCAUUUGAUUUAUUCGUAGGUAUAUAAAUAAUAACGUAAUCACACACGCAUGGAGGUUUCAUCGUAGACUCAUUGGGUCGGCUCCUUUAGUUUGUUGAUUAAUAUUUCCGCUGUGAAUUAUAUUUUGGUUAUAUUAAUUUUUCAAAUACACGAGAUUAAUUAUUAUUA